AUGACAUCAGGAUCAAACAGGGUUAAGAGUAACUCCUACACAAUCUUACAACAUGCUUCAUCUCGGCUUGUCUUCAAUGAAGCCAUUACAAAGUACUGGAAUCCAAAAGAUGGGGUCAAUAUGGAUCUCCCAUUCAAAUACAAGUCCUUGACAAAUUACCCUGUAAAUGGAACAAAGCUUAUUGUAUUUGAUAAUUGUCCUGACUGGUUGCGCUCAUCACUUAAAGGUAAGAUGAAGCUAUGCAAAUACAGCAACUGUUUGUUGUCAGAGAAUCGAUCAAUGAUUGCAGAGGCAGACGCAGUGCUCUUCAAUGGCAGGUCGAUAACCCCGACACCCCCAACCCGCACCCCGGGACAAGUGUGGGUAAUAUUCGCUUGGGAGAGUCCUGCUAACCUUGCACACACAAUGACCACAAUGCACACACUGAAAUGGAGAAGAGUAUUUAAUUGGACUAUGACAUACAGAACAGACUCCGACCUCUUCGCGCCCGUGGGGAUGUUUGUACCGACUCUGAAACUCCCCUCGUAUCAUCAUCUUCUGAAUAUCGUGCAGCGCAAGACGAAGGCAGUUGCUUGGUUUGUUAGCCAUUGUAAAACAGCUUCAAGACGAAUGGCAUAUGUCGAAAGGCUAAAUAAAAUCAUUGAUAUUGACGUAUUUGGACGUUGUGGGCCUGAGGAAUGUUCAAAAUCUAGGCCAGAAUGCUUAAACAUGCUGAACCAUACCUACAUGUUUUAUUUGUCGUUUGAGAACUCCUUGUGUAAAGACUACAUCACGGAGAAGCUGUACAAGACAUUCAACGUGCCCUGCGUCCCGAUAGUCCGGGGCGGGGCCGACUACAAACACCUAGUACCCAAUGGGACGUACAUCGAUGCAGCUGAUUUCUCAAGCCCGGAGUCUCUGGGCUGGCAUCUCAAGGGUCUUAUGUCUAACACGUCUGCUUACAUGGAUAUACUCAUGAGAAAGGAACAGUACAGGGUUUUCAUGUCAUCUCAUGGGAAGCAAAUGGCAUUUUGUGAACUUUGUUAUCGACUGAAUAACCCAGGUACUCUGUGGGGCACACACACAGAUGUAGAGAAAUGGAAAGAAGAAUGUCAUGCACCAAGAGAUCUUGGCUAG